UCUCUUAAGACGACAGCAUUAAAAUCUUGGUCCUCCACAUAUGGGUACUAGCUUAGGGUUUGAGAAUUAAAUUGAGCUUACAAAAUGGAAGCACUUGUCUGUAGGAAGCUCGGAGAUCCAACAACAUCGGUGCCCAGCGAUGAUAAUUCUCCGGUGGUGCUGAGUAAAAAUCAUCCGAUUCCGACGUUGGAUUCUCCGACGUCGGUCAGAGUUCAGAUUACAGCUACAAGUUUGAAUUACGCCAAUUACCUUCAGAUUCUAGGGAAAUACCAAGAGAAACCUCCUCUUCCUUUCAUCCCUGGUUCUGAUUACUCUGGAAUCGUCGUCGCUGUUGGCUCCAAAGUUUCCAAGUUCAGAGUCGGAGAUCGCGUUUGCUCCUUCGUUGGCGUCGGUUCUUUUGCUCAAUUCGUCGUUGACGAUGAGUCACGACUAUUCCGAGUACCUGAUGGAUGCGAUCUGGUGGCCGCUAGCGCACUUCCGGUUGUGUUCGGGACCUCGCAUGUUGCCCUUGUACACAGGGCCAAGCUGGCUCCUGGACAGGUACUGUUGGUUCUCGGGGCAGCUGGAGGCGUUGGCCUAGCUGCUGUUCAAAUCGGUAAGGUCUGCGGUGCAGUUGUUAUUGCAGUUGCAAGGGGAGCUAAAAAGGUAGAGUAUCUCCGGUCUUUGGGCGUCGACCAUGUAGUAGACUUAAAUCAUCAAAACGUCAUUGAAAACGUGAAGGCCUUCCUCAAAGAAAGAAAACUUAAAGGGGUCGAUGUUUUGUAUGAUCCAGUUGGAGGAAAGUUGACAAAAGAUUCAAUGAAACUUUUAAAUUGGAGCGCAAGCAUUCUUGUGAUCGGGUUUGCCAGCGGGGAGGUCCCUGUUAUUCCCGCAAAUAUAGCUCUUGUUAAGAACUGGACGGUGCAUGGACUUUAUUGGGGCAGCUAUAGUAUACAUAGACCCCAAGUUCUUGAAGAAUCUAUGAAUGAGCUAUUAUCCUGGUUAUCAAGCGGAUUGAUCCGAGUUCACAUUUCUCAUAUUUAUAGCCCACUAGAGGCCAACCUUGCCUUUUAUGCCAUCAAGAACAGAGAAGCUGUUGGGAAAGUAGUGUUGGUAUUUGAAGACAAGACCAUGAAAUCGAAGCUUUAAGGGAUUGAACAGGGAUUUGAGGAGGAAAUGGUAACCAUAAUUGUACUGAAACUCAAGCUUUCCUUUUCAUUACUUGCUGAAAUAAGUAGACUUCGAAAAUUGUAAACUCAAGCUUCCGUUUUCCAAAGAAAUAAGGCUUUGAAACGUAGAAGAAGAAGCGCAUUGUGUA